GCAGGGAGGGCGGGCAGCCAUGGCUUGCGGGGCUCCUUUGCGGGGUCUCUGCGAGGAGACCACUUGCCCGGUUUGCCUGGAAUACUAUGCGAACCCUGUGACCACCCACUGCGGGCACAGCUUCUGCCGGGGCUGCGUGGCCCCUCUCUGUGGGGGCCCACGGGGGACCUUCAAUUGCCCUCAAUGCAGGGCCUCGGUUUCUCCAAAGAGCCUCAGGCCCAACCGACACCUGGCCAACAUUGUGGAGAUCGCCAAGAGCUUGCAAACUGGAGGAGGAGGAGGAGGAGGAAGAGGAGGAGAGAAGUGGCCGGCUUGCCAGCGUCACCAGGAGCCCUUCAAGCUCUUCUGCAGGGACGAUGAAGCCCCCAUCUGCGUGGUCUGUGACCGAUCCACGGAGCACAGAGGCCACUGUGUGGUCCCCAUCGACGAAGUGGCCCAGGAGUACCAGGAUAAAAUCAAGGCCCAUGUGAAGUUUCUGAAGGAUGAGCGAAAAAAUCUUGAAGACCAGACAUUGGCAAGACAACAGAGAGUGCAAGGCUACUUGAAUCAGUUAGAAACAGAAAGGGAGGCGGUUGCCUCUUUCUUUGAGGAAAUGCAGACAUUUCUGGAGGAGAAAAAGCACAUCUGCCUUGGUCAGCUGGGAGGGCUGGAGAAAGAAAUAAAGAAAGGAGAGGAAGAAAACCUCACUGAAGUGGCAGCAGAGAUUUCCCAACUCAAUGAGAGGAUUGCAGAGAUGGAAAAGAAGUGCCAGCUGCCUGCAAGUGAAUAUCUCCAGGACAUCAGAAAUACCUUAAGCAGGUACAAAAAGAAUUUACCUGCGCAUGGGCUGGACCUUUCUCCCCAAUUUGAAGAGAGUGUCAGAAGUUAUUUCGAGCAGAUCUCUGACCUAAGAGAGGCUAUGAAGGAUUCUCAAGAAUCUCUGGAGCAAGCUCUGAAAACAGCCAGCUGGGAACACAGUCUCUUCAUGGAUUCUCUGAAGCAAGGCAUGAAUCAAGUAAGCGUGACUCUGGAUCCGAUCACAGCACAUCCUCGACUUUUUGUGUCAGAGAAUCUGAAGGCUUUGAGAUGGGACAGAAUACCUCAAGACCUGCCUUAUCGUCCGGAGAGGUUCAAGAAACAGCCCUGCGUUUUGGGUCAGGAGAAAUUCACCUCAGGAAAGCAUUGUUGGGAGUUGGAGAUUCUGGAGGGGGAAGCGGUGGGAAAAGAUCUGGGGGGAGAAGCAGCUUGGGCAGUCGGGAUUGCAAGAGAUUCCGUCAAGCGGAAGGAAUAUUUCAACCUUCAUCCUGAUGAAGGGAUCUGGGCUGUGGGGAAGGCAUGUGAGGACAUAUCUGUGCCUUGCCAAGUCUCAGCUUUUACUGCUGAGCCAAUGACUUUGGUCUUGAAGAACGAACCUAAGAAGAUUCGUGUGAGCCUGGAUUGUGAAACAGGUCAAGUGGAUUUCCAUGAUGCUGAUACCGAUGACCUUAUCUUCUUUUUUAGCUCAGCAUCAUUCUUUGGGCAUCAGAUACGACCCUUUUUCUACACAAGAGGGUGGGAGUUCAAUUUGAAGUGCUGACUCAAGAGAAGAACCAUCUCUUUUCAUUAGUUCCCCCAAAUAUUGGUAGUUUGUGCCCACUAAGGGUGUGUCUUCACUGUAGAAUGAAAACAGUUUGACUACACUGGAAUGGCCAUGGAAACCCUGAUAUGUAGUUUAAGAAAUGAGGAGGACAAGAGCAUCAUAAAAAAUUGAAACACAUGGGAUAUAGUAAAGUCAAAGAUUUAUAUAAUAAAAUAAGGAAUUAAUGGAAUUGAAGCAAUUAGAAACAUUAGGGAGUGGGAUAAAUUGGUUAACACUAAGAGGAAUUUGGGAACAAAUUAAAAAGGAAGAAAGUAGUAAGGGAGAAAAUAUAAUAGACAAGAUAUUAGAAGAGAGAUUUGGAGGCUAAAGGGACUUAAAAUAUAUGGAAGAAUGAGAGAAGAUAAAGAAUCUUUGUAAAGAGUACAGGAAAACAAGUGGGAAAAGGAAUGAGGCCUAGGAAAAAAAUAGAAAAGAUAAUCAAUAGUUUAAAUAAAAUAAAAAUAGAAAAAAACAAGGAAUUAGAACUGAAAAUAAUAACGAAAUGGUAUAGAACACCAAUUCAGCUGGCACAUAUGAUUCAGGGAUUAAAUCCCAAAUUUUGGCAUUGCAGGAGUCGUGAAACAUGGUAUUUAUUCACAUCUAUGGUGGGAGUGUGAAGAGGUACAAACAUUCUGGAAUCAAAUUCUAAACCAGGUAGAAUUACAUAUUAAAAUAAAAUUUGAUAUAAAUAUGCAAAUUUUGUUAAAAGGGAUAUAUGAUGAUAGAAGAAUUAAGUACAGGGUGACAAAGACAAAGACUGAGAUAUAGCUUUUAUUCUAAGAGCUGUGGCUAUGUUGACCUCCAUGGUUUCACAUCCUGUGUCAUUGGGGGGCUGUGUGGUGGUGGUUGGGGUGUUGAGGGAUGGGUGUGUUGUUGUAUGAUGUGUGCUGGGGAAGGCAUUUAAAUCUCGUUGUCUUCGUUGGUAUAGUCUUCAGAGAAUAAUGUUAUAUUCCACAUUUAUUUUCAGUCAUUUGAAAAUACAAUGCAAGCGAUUUUGUGUGCAAAUGGGCAUCCCGUUCUAGCUUUUGAUUGAAAAUGGGCACAUGUCAUUUGAUCAGUGAAACAAUAUGAUUCUCCUGUAUUAAUGCAUUUUACAAGUGACUGCAAAUCAGAAAUAAAAAUAUAUACCCAUUGUAA